CUCUACUUCCCACUGCUCAGGUGGAAUCCCUCUGGGAAUUCCGUCCCCCCAGGGGCAGUGUCCCUGCUCCCUGCCCCCACCCUGCCCUCCUUCCCCUUUUCCAGGGGAGGGCUAAGGGACAGGGGUUUGGUUUGGGGAGGAGAUCGCGCUGUCACAUCAUCGCUUGGUGCAGCCUCCCGGACCCAGCGGCAGGCAGCGAGCUCCGAGACUCAGUCAGCGCUGGGUGAAAGCUUCUUCUUGGCGGGCUGUUCGACUGUGGGAUGCGGCGGUGUCGCUGCCUGGAGCGGUGUGAAAGGAGCCUCGGGGAAUGUUAGGACUGUGUCAGCGUGAUACAUUUGCCCCCUUGAGAAGGUGGGGGUGAGCUGCCUUCUCGAACCGCUGCAGUCCUUCUGCUGUGGGUUGACUCUCAAGACUAUUAAAGACGGAAUUCCAGGAUUUUGACCCAGUGACAGUGAAGGAACGGCGAUAUAUUCCCAAGUCAGGAUGCAGGUUUGAGAAGAUUUCCUGGGAUCGCUCGGGGAACGUCGGACAAUGGCGACAAAGGAGCAGGAACCGGUGGACCGGUUCAAGAUCGUCUGGCUGAUCUUCUUCGCCCUGGGACUUGGAACACUGUUACCCUGGAAUUUCUUCAUGACAGCGAUUGGGUAUUUUAAGUACCAGCUGCGAGAUCUGAACGUUACCACCGACCAUUUACAUCUGAACGGGACAGAUGGAGUGGAUGGAACAGGUGGGGUCCAGGAAAACUACCUGCAGGGAAAGUUUGGGAAUAUGAUGACCCUGUGUGCCAUGUUACCCUUGCUGAUCUUCAGCUGCCUCAACUCUAUCUUGCUCCCGCGGAUCCCAGAAGUGGUCCGGAUCAGUGGAUGCCUUGUUGCGAUCUUCAUUCUCUUCCUCCUCACGUCUAUCCUGGUGAAAGUCUCUCUGGAACCCGUUGUCUUCUUCAGUGUCACGAUGUUGACUAUCGUCCUCAUCAACAGUUUUGGGGCUGUCCUGCAGGGCAGCAUCUUUGGCUUGGCUGGGUUACUGCCUGCUUCGUACACUGCGCCGAUCAUGAGCGGGCAAGGAAUGGCAGGAACGUUUGCAGCACUCGCCAUGAUCUGUGCCAUCACAAGUGGCUCGUCACAAACUGACAGCGCCUUCGGGUACUUCAAUACAGCGUGCGUGGUCAUCCUGCUGGCCAUUCUCGCCUACCUCACCCUCCCCUACUUGGAGUUCUCUCAAUAUUACCUCAAUAAAGGGAAGAGUGAAUGGAAGAAUCACAGAGAGCAAGAGAAGGACAGGGUGUGCACGAUGAACCUGAUCAAACAGGAUCAAACGAAUGUGCCUGACAGGAGGGCAUCUGCACAGUUAAUGGAAAACGCCAGCACAGAAACUCCGAGAAAUGUCUCAGCUUUCACCAUCCUGAGAAAGAUUUGGCCGAUGGCCCUGCUGGUGUGUUUGGUGUUCACUGUUACCAUCGGCGUAUUCCCAGCCAUAACUGUCGAUGUGAAACCCACCAUCUCUGCUGAUGGCACUUGGGGAAUUUAUUUCAUCCCAAUUUGCUGCUUCUUGCUGUUUAACGUGUUUGACUGGAUGGGCCGCAGUCUAACUGCUGUCUGCAUGUGGCCUUCGAAAGAGAGCAGGUUGCUGCCGGUGUUUGUGAGUGCUCGCUUUGUCUUCAUCCCCCUCUUCAUGCUGUGCAAUGUGCAGCCUCGCCAGAUGCCUGUCUUCUUCGCCCACGAUGCAUGGUACAUAGUCUUCAUGAUGGUGUUUGCCUUCUCGAAUGGUUACCUGGCCAGCCUGUGCAUGUGCUACGGGCCCAAGAACGUGGCUGCACAUGAAGCGGAGACAGCGGGAGCCAUCAUGUCCUUCUUCCUAUCCCUGGGCCUGGCAGCUGGUGCCUGUCUGUCUUUUCUGUUCCGUGCUCUGGUCUGAAAAAGAUCCCCACGAGAUCUGAGUGUGGGCUGUGGGAGUCUGAGUUCUGCACGUCAGAUCGUCUUGUUUACUGCAUUAUUGCCCUUUUUAUACUAGUUUUAAUCAGGUGCCUCCUCCGUAAGUGUGUGAGUGACUGGAAACCGCAGCCCUGCCCUGGACUCUCACCUCCCUCCCACUUCACAUGCCACCCACCCUCUCCUUUAGCCCGACCUUAUGUUUUCUUCUGUGCCCACUGUCCCACCUUCACCAAUGACCCUCUGCCAAUUUAACCGUCCUACUUCUCCCUUCUAGCUCACUCUCCACUUAUCACCGACAAACAGUUCCCUCAUUAAGGGCUGCCUGAUCCCUUUCUCUGUCACAUUUCUGCCCCUGAUUUUGACCCAUGCCUUCCCCCUAAACUGGCAACCCCACUCCGCCAGCUCUCCUUGAUAUCCUCACCGCCAACUUGAUCUGAGCUGCAACUUGAAAUACCCAGGGCUAGCGAGAGCUGCUGAUGCUGGAGUCAGAGAAUACACGGUGCGGAGCUGGAGGAACGCAGCAGGCCGGGCGGCCUCAGAGAAGCCAUCAAAAGGCCCUUCUGAAGAAGGCUGCUGAACCAAAACAUCAACUUUUGUGCUUGUCUGACGGUGCCUGACUUGAAACACGCAGGGUUGUGUUGGGGGCUGAGAGCAGCGAGGAGUUGAGGGGGUAGAGGAGGGGAGGUGGAGUCUGGGGACAUUCCUGAGAGCUGAGGACCCCUGAUUUCCCAGAGGAAGCUCCAGCUAACCUUCAGGGGAAGGGGAUUUCCAGACCUUCAACUAACAGUGAUGUUUGGCCUCAGUACCAGCCUUAAACUGGCCCAGAGCUCAAUGCAGCUGUAGGCCAAGCCACUGGAUGUUUUUCUGAAUUCUGUGACGAUCACUGCAUUUGCUUCCCAUCCCAAACUGCCCUUGCAAAGGUGUAAAAUGCAAGGAAGGGCUAUUGCAGGGCAGUGUCACCAAGGUAAAUCAGUCCCCUCCCUUCCGCUCUGGGUUAACAGGCCUAGCUCCCACUGCUCCUCUUGCCCGGCCACUAGCCAAAGCACAAACUGUACCACCAGACACCCCCUUCACCAGCAAGAACUAAAAACCAGGGCAGGUGCUGUGUGGGCUCCCAAACUGGACUGACCUUAUUCAGGAGCAAAAGCAGACGUUGCUGGAAGAGCUCGGCAUGUCUGGCAGCAUCUGCGAAGAAGACAAUGAGAGUUAGCGUUUCGGGCCCUGUGACCCUUCUUCAGAAGUGACUUUAUUCAUUAUAACCACACAGAUUGCUAGAGGAACUCAGCAUCUGUGGAAACAGAAGCAGUCAAAGUUUCAAGUCUGCCUGACCUACUGAACUUUUCUGGCUUUUUCUCGUUUUAUUUCAGAUCUCCAAUCUGCUGCAUUUUGCAUCUAUUUUAACAUUUGUUAGUCCCUCUGUAACAAAGCGAGAGCAGCACGAGGAGACAUGGAUUAUAAUAGCUUAUACUGUCAAAAUACAAGUGUUUCAACAAUGUAGACAAGUCUCCAGAGGACAGAAUAUCAGCAAUAACUCUUUCAAAUUGUUUUAAUAGAUUAUUUUUAUGUGCUAUUUUAUAUAUAUCUUUGUUUAAAAAAAGCAUGCGAUCUAAUCCCUGUAAAUAACCACUAUAGAAGUUAGCCUGUCUGAAUUGUACAUGAACUGGCCUGAGAAGAAGAAAGAACAUACUGCGAUGUAAGGAGCCAGGAUUGAGAAGAAACCACAAAAUGCUGAAUAAAUGUAUGAAAUGGAGCUUUGCAGGUCCCUCGGAGGGGAAGUGGAAAUGGUGGAGCCGUUACUGAUAAAAAUGUUACUAAUUACAGUCAGGAGGCAAAGUGUUGCUUGGAUGCCGUGCAGAAAGGGGCUGUGGUAACAAGGUGGAGAGCUGGACGAACACAGCAGGCCAAGCAGCAUCAGAGGAGCAGGAAAACUGACGUUUCGCUGCUUCUCUGAAAGACUGAAGUUAAAUGAACAAGCAGUUGAAAUUGAGAUAAAACUCAAGAAAAAAACUUACUCUGCUAUUUUGAGAUUGGAUUGAGGGGCGGCUGAUCGUUCCUCUAGUGUAACUCUCAGACAAUCCGAGCAACUCGCCCGAUGGAAUAUGUGAGUACGACGCAUUCAGGGUUAGAUCUGUGGAAACAUUAAAUAAACUUGCUUGUGUGAAGGAA